CAGAAACAGGAUGGCAGAGAAAAAGGAGAAAUGACAGAGAUAGGGACAACAGCAAAGCAGAAACAGGACUGCAGUGAAAAAGGAGAAAUGACCGAGAUCGGGACAAGAGAAAAGCAGAAGCAGGACAGCAGGCAAAAAGGAGAAAUGACUUCAGAGAUAGUGACGAGAGAAAAGCAGAAACAGGACAGCAGGGAAAAAGGAGAAAUGACUUCAGAGAUAGUGACGAGAGAAAAGCAGAAACAGGACAGCAGGGAAAAAGGAGAAAUGACUUCAGAGAUAGGGACAAGAGCAAAGCAGAAACAAGACAGCAGGCAAAAAGGAGAAAUGACUUCAGAGAUAGUGACAAGAGCAAAGCAGAAACAGGACAGCAGGGAAAAGGGAGAAAUGAGAGAGAAAGGGACAAGAGCAAAGCAGAAACAGGACAGUAGGGAAAAGGGAGAAAUGAGAGAGAAAGGGACAAGAGCAAAGCAGAAACAGGACAGCAGGGAAAAGGGAGAAAUGACAGAGAAAGGGACAAGAGCAGAACAGGAACAGGACAGCAGAGAACAAGGAGAAAUGACUUCACAAACAGAUACAAUAGGCACAGAGAAACAGAAGUGGAGAGAAGAGGUAAAGAUGCUGUGGGAACAACCUCAAACAGAAGUAGUAGUGGCAGUUAUUAAAUCACCUCCUCAUGCCUUUACUCUGAGGCAUGCAGACUUGGUAACACUACGACCACAUGAACUUCUUAAUGGUGAGGCAAUCGAAUGCUACAUUCGGGCUGCUCUUAAUAAAUUUGAAAAGUCUGGACGUCUGCUCCAGAUGGAUCACUAUGUUACUGGUGUGAUCCUUGAAGGCACAAGACAACAAAUGUCUCGACACCAAAUGAAAAAAGUGGACUUUGACUGUUUUGAUGGUGCAGUGUCUUUUGUAAAUAUCAAUGACAGUCACUGGAGGUUUGUGUAUCUUCAUGCUCCGUCAGCCCAAGUGUUUGUCAUUGACCCUGCUUCUUCAGAGAUUGACCAUGACAUCUCAAAUAAGGCUGCAAUGACUUACCGAUUGUAUUUCAAAAUGCGCCAAAACAUACAAGGCAGGCAGCACUGGAGCAGCAUUAAGUGGACAGCAGGAACCAUAAAGCACAAUGAACAAAAGGACAGCACAAGUUGUGGAGUGUUUGUGAUGCAGAUGGCAAGAAAGGUUGCUGAAAGUUUUCCACAAAUUCCUGCAUCAAUGACCAUAAAUCCAACAAGCAGCAGCAUAAGAAAGCUGCGGGCUGAAAUGGCAGAGACAAUGCUCUCUUCCUCAGUACCAAGAGAUGAGUAUUGCUCAAUCUGUGGACUCAAAGAUGUCCCAAAAACGGCAACAACUGAAGCAGUUGUUAUUGACUGGACCCAAUGUGAGACAUGCAAGCGGUGGUUUCACGAUAUCUGCAUUACCCUAAAUAAAAGUAACUCCCCAGAAACUGACUUGCCAUGGCACUGUCUUUUAUGUUAAGACAGAAUGAAAAAGGCACCAGGACACAAGGAAAGUAAGAAGACGGAAAGAAAACUAAAUAUAGAGUUACGAUAGAGAUCGUCAAUGUUACAUUUUGAUGUGAUUUUGAAAAUAAUAAUAAAUUAAGAGAAAGAAA